AUGCACUUCUCAGUCUUCGCUGCUGUCGCUGCUUUCAGCUCGACUGUUCUAGCCCAAAGUUUUGCCGGAAUCCCGACAUGUGCUCAAACUUGCUUCUCGCAGAACCCGGGCACUUGCACUGGCCUUGACAUCGCGUGCAUCUGCGGUAACUUCGCUGGCGCCACGAGCGAAGUCGGCUGCUGUGCGAUUUCAACUUGCUCUGCGACCGACCUACAGACAACCCUUACUAUCGCUCAGGCUUUGUGCAGCGGCGCGGGUGUCACUGUGAACACUUCGCCUAACUGCUCUUCCAGCUCUGCGAACGCGACGGCUUCGGCGACUUCUGCGUCAGGCUCUGCCUCCGCUUCCGCCGCCUCCGCCUCCGCCUCUGCUUCUGCUUCUGCCUCUGCUUCUGCUGCUAGUAGCAGCGCAAGUGCAGCUGCUGGCAGUGCUGGUGCGGCGCCGCACCAGAGUGCCGGUGCCGGUCUCGGUCUCGGUCUCGCCGUGGCUGGGUUGCUCGCUGCGUUGUAG